AGUAAUUGCGGGAGGCUCCAUCCCCAGCGCUGAAGAAGGUCACUUUCCCUUUAAAUGCAAAUUACCUCCCGCCAGCUUAGCCUCCGCUGUUUGCGUGGAGAGCGCGGAGGGCGGAGGGAACUUGCACAGCGGCAUCACUCCAGACCCCAAACCUCCAGGGCCAGCCAGCUGUGUGGCGACUGAAGUGCUCAUGCCCCAUUGCCACCACCAUCCCAGCUUGGGAGCGGAAACCUGGUGGGAGACUCUGGGCAGAAAGGGGAGGACGCCAUCCAACUGACGGAGGCUUAGGGAGCCCGGCUGGACUGCAGGCCGGCACAGCCAUCAUCCCAUCAUCCCAGGCGCGGGCGACACAGCUGCGGGAAGCUGAGAGGGGACUUGCUGACUGGGAGUCUGGCCCAGGCAACUUCUGGGAGUCCCUGGUGUUCCCGGAUGGGGGAGGACGGGGGUGCAGGGAUGCCAGUGUCUCCGUAGGAGGAACCCACAAUAAGCCGGGCCCCAUGUGCCACCACUUCUGCCAUUACCCUGCUCCACACCACCGGGACCUCCCAAGUGCCUCUGCCUAUGCCUGCAACACUGCCCUUGCUGACUGGUUGGGCCCAGCCAUCACCCGAUGGAUGACAAGAAGAAGAAACGAAGCCCCAAGCCCUGCCUGACCCAGCCAGCCCAGGCCUCGGGCACGCUACGCAGGGUCCCUGUGCCCACCAGCCACAGCGGCUCCUUGGCCCUGGGACUCCCUCAUCUGCCUUCCCCAAAGCAGCGCACCAAGUUCAAGAGAGUAGGCAAGGAGAAAUGCCGGCCCGUGCUGGCUGGAGGCGGGGCUGGCCCCGCGGGCACGCCCCUUCAGCACUCCUUCCUGACCGAAGUGACCGACGUCUAUGAGAUGGAGGGGGGCCUGCUGAACCUGCUCAAUGACUUCCACUCGGGCCGGCUGCAGGCCUUCGGGAAGGAGUGCUCCUUCGAGCAGCUGGAACACGUUCGGGAGAUGCAGGAGAAGCUGGCCCGGCUGCACUUCAGCCUGGAUGUGUGUGGGGAGGAGGACGAGGACGAGGAGGAAGAGGACGGGGUCACGGACGGGCUGCCUGAGGAACAGAAGAAGACGAUGGCGGACCGCAACCUGGACCAGCUGCUGAGCAACCUGGAAGAUCUUAGUAAUUCCAUACAGAAGCUGCACCUGGCCGAGAACGCCGAGCCCGAGGAGCAGGCGGCUGCGUAGGCGUCGGACCCGGGCCCAGACUGCUCCUCUCGUUCCCUUGAAACUGUGACUUUUUACGGGCUUGGGCUCAGGAGGGUAUUCCGUGGCCCCCCAGGUGCUAUGAGGGAGGGGGGCACUGGAUGGAAUAAAACCAGAAAGCAAGCAA